ACAAAGUUCAAUACACCUGAAGGCUGAAAAUGCCAUGGAAGACCUCCCGCUUGUACUCUAAUGGCAAACAAAUAUUCUUCUCUUCCGUCUCUCAUUACUCAUUUACCCGCCAACUUUCACUUUCCUCAUCACCCAACUUGAAAACUCUCUGUUCCAAUGGCGAAUUUAAGGAAGCGUUGCUGCAAAUGGCCAUUUUAGGCGCGGAAAUGAAGUUUGAAGGUUACGAUACAAUCUUGAACGAGUGCGUUAGCCAAAGGGCCACUAGAGAAGGCCAGAGAGUCCAUGCCCACAUGAUUAAAACCUGUUAUCUGCCUCCCGUUUACCUCAGAACGAGGUUGCUUGUGCUGUACAAUAAGUGCGGGUGUUUAGGUGAAGCACGGAAGGUGUUUGAUGAAAUGCCUCAGAGGAAUGUGGUCUCGUGGACGGCCAUGAUUUCGGCUUAUUCGCAGAGGGGUUUUGCCUCCGAAGCCUUGAAUCUGUUUGUAGGAAUGAUAAGAUCAGGUACAGAACCGAAUGAGUUCACUUUUGCUACCAUACUUACUUCAUGCAUAGGUAGUUUGGGAUAUGAAAUUGGUAGACAAGUUCAUUCCAUUGCCAUAAAAAGAAAUUAUGAAUCCCACAUGUUUGUUGGAAGUUCACUUCUUGACAUGUAUGCUAAAUCUGGUAGAAUCCAUGAAGCACAUGGAGUUUUUCGAUACUUGCCUGAACGAGAUGUUGUUGUGUGUACUGCUAUCAUCUCUGGCUAUGCCCAAAUGGGUCUUGAUGAAGAAGCAUUGGGGCUAUUCCGUCAGUUGCAAAGCGAGGGCAUGAAGUCGAAUUAUGUAACUUAUGCUAGCAUCUUAACUGCUCUGUCUGGACUUGCUGCACUAAACCAUGGAAAGCAAGUCCACAACCAUGUUCUUCGGUUGGGACAAUCUUCUUAUGUGGUUCUUCUAAACUCUCUCAUCGAUAUGUACUCAAAAUGUGGGAAUGUCUGUUAUGCCAGGAGGAUUUUUGAUAGCAUGCCAGAGAGAACUUGUAUAUCAUGGAAUGCGAUGCUUGUCGGGUAUAGUAAACAUGGAAUGGGGAACGAUGUGCUGGAACUUUUUAAAUUGAUGAGAGAAGAAAACAAAGUCAAACCUGAUAGCAUCACAUUUUUGGCGGUUUUAUCUGGUUGCAGCCAUGGAAAAUUGGAAGAUAGGGGGCUUGAAAUAUUUUAUAACAUGGCAGAUGGAGUGGAUGGAGUUGAACCAGAUAUUGGGCAUUAUGGUUGUGUUGUUGAUUUACUAGGGCGUGCUGGCAGAGUUAAAGAGGCAUUUGAUUUUAUAAAAAAGAUGCCUUUUGUGCCAACCGCUGCUAUUUGGGGUUCACUAUUAGGUUCAUGUCGGGUCCACUUGAAUGUCGACAUCGGCAUAAUUGUGGGUCAGCAGCUUCUAGAAAUCGAGCCCGAAAAUGCGGGGAACUAUGUUAUUCUCUCAAAUCUAUAUGCUUCUGCAGGAAGAUGGGAAGAUAUGAGAAAUAUUAGAGACUCGAUGCAAGAGAAAGCUGUGAUAAAAGAGCCUGGUCGCAGUUGGGUAGAGCUUGAUCAAGUUGUGCAUACUUUCCAUGCAAGUGAUCACACUCAUCCAAGACGAGAGGAGGUGGCAAAGAAGGUGAAGGAAUUGUCUAUUAAAUUCAAGGAAGACGGUUAUGUUCCUGACUUGAGUUGUGUUUUGUACGAUGUGGAUGAUGAGCAGAAGGAGAAGGUACUUCUAGGCCAUAGUGAAAAGCUAGCUUUAGCAUUCGGGUUGAUUGCUACUCCUGACAGAGCUACGAUCCGUGUCAUAAAAAACCUCCGAGUUUGCGUCGAUUGCCAUAGUUUUGCCAAAUUUGUCUCAAAGCUUUAUGCCAGGACAGUUAUCCUUAGGGACAAAAACCGGUUUCAUAAUAUAGUUGGGGGAGUAUGUUCUUGUGGAGAUUACUGGUAAGCUCUGAAGCUACAUAUGGUAUUGAGUUCUCUGUUACCAUUAAGAUUGCAAUUAAGUUGCAGUCUACAAGUUUUUGAUACAUGAACUGAAGUAUCAAACAACAGUUCAAGAAUCAACAUUUAAUUCUUGGUCUGGAAUAUUGUGGUGUUGUGGGAAGAUAUGGAAACUGAAAAUCUUUGGACGCGAGAAUCCCAAUAACCAGAUUCUUCUGAACGUAUUAAGAAUGGCAAUGUUUCUCUUCGGAUUGAAAACCGAAAUAAGUUGGUUAUCUGCUGGAAAAAUAAUCAUCCAAUAGCUCGAGAUUAAGGCGUAUACGUUGAGGAAAUGGAUACUAGUAGAUGGACAGAACGUGUAUAAUGCUGAUGGAAACUAUUCAGAUGAAGUAGUGGAUUGAGAAUUAAGCUCGCAUGAAUUACAAAUGCUUUCGCGCAUGAGUUUUUGGUGGACCUGUGAUGUUUUAGGAUAACCAAGAAUGCCAGGACUUUUGCUAAUUUUCAGGGAGGCUCUGCUUCAUCCAAGACCAGCUUCAAGAGGCUUCAAUAAUUUUAAGGUGGUGGUAGUUGAGAAGCCUAGAGCCUGUUUGGUAACCUCCUCGUUUGUUUGUUUUUUUGCUUGUCGACCUCCUCGUUUUUUGUUUUUUGCUUGUCGUUUUCAAUUAUUUAAA